AUGGAUGUCAAAAAUAUUUUCCUUAAUGGGAAUCUUUUUGAAGAAGUCUAUAUGCAGCCUCCUCCUGAUACUUCUUCUCCUCCUCACAAGGUGUGCCUCCUGCGUCGAGCAUUAUAUGGUCUGAAACAGGCUCCACGGGCUUGGUUUGGCACAUUUAGCUCUACCAUCACUCAAUUUGGAUUUUCUUCUUGUACUCAUGAUACUGCACUUUUUACUCGUCACACACCCAGGGCCAUAUCUGAUCUCCAGCAUUAUCUUGGUCAACAUUUUGAGAUGAAAGACCUUGGGUCUCUCAACUACUUUCUUGGUCUUGAAGUCUCUCGACGCUCAGAUGAGUAUUUCUUAUCUCAAGCCAAAUAUGCCUCGGGUCUCUUAGUCCGCUCAGGAAUUACUGACUCCAACACAACUUCGACACCAUUAGAUCCCAAUGUUCAUCUGACCCCUUAUGAUGGUCUUCCUCUUGAAGAUGUGAGUCUAUAUCGACAACUUGUUUGUAGUCUCAUCUAUCUAAUAGUGAGUCGUCCAGACAUUGCAUAUGCUGUUCAUAUUGUCAGUCAAUUUAUGGUUGCUCCUAGAACCAUUCAUUUUACUACUGUGUUACGUAUUCUUCAUUACAUUAAGGGAACCUUGGGACAUGGGCUUCAGUUUUCCUCUCAAUCAUCUCUCAUAUUAUUUGGCUACUCUGAUGCAGAUUGGGCUAGGGAUCCCACCGAUUGGCGCUCUACAAUAGGUUACUGUUUUUACUUAGGCGAUUCUCUCAUUUCUUGGUGUAGUAAGAAACAAAGUGUUGUCUCUCGUUCCAACACUGAAUCAAAAUAUCGUGCCCUUGCUGAUGCUACUGCUGAACUCCUAUGGCUUCGCUGGCUUCUUGCUGACAUGGGUGUUCCCCAGCAAGGACCACUCUUCUCCAUUGUGAUAAUUGUAGUGCCAUCCAAAUUUCCCACAAUGAUGUUUUCAUGA